UUUAGAAGCUCAAAGUUGUUAUACAAAAGAAGCCUCACAUGGGUUCAAAAUUUAUUCUUGGAACUACAUUCUUUUUGUUCUUGAUAUCAUUUUCCAUAAAAGCCAGAGCUGCAGAUUUUGAUAUCAAGAAGUAUGGAGCCAAGGCUGAUGGUAAGACAGAUGAUAGCCAGGCUAUUAAUAGUGCUUGGAAAGAAGCAUGCGCAUCCACAACUCCGAGCACGGUUGUGAUAGCAAAAGGAAACUACAUGGCUGGUCCGGUGAAGUUUCAAGGGCCCUGCAAAGCACCGGUUAGCGUUCGGGUUGAAGGAAUCUUGCAGGCUCCAGCAGAGCCAGAAAAGCUCAAGUCACAAGAUGGUUGGGUUGUUUUCCGAAAUAUUGAUGGGUUAACAGUCUCAGGAGGUGGCACUUUUGAUGGCCAAGGAUCAAUAGCUUGGUCCAAAAAUGAUUGUGCCAAAACUGGAAAAUGCAACUCACUGCCUAUAAACAUAAGAUUCAUAGGGCUCACCAAUUCACACAUUCAAGACAUAACAUCUUUAAAUAGCAAGCUGUUCCACAUAAACGUCUUGAAUUGCAAAAAUGUGACACUUCAACAUGUGAUCAUGACCGCCCCUGGUAAAAGCCUAAACACAGAUGGAAUCCACAUUGGCCGGUCAUCGAACAUCAACAUCACCGGCGCAGAGAUCAAAACCGGCGACGAUUGCGUCUCUCUUGGCGAUGGAAGCCAGCAAAUAAACAUUGAAAAGGUGAAGUGCGGGCCGGGCCACGGCAUCAGCAUUGGGAGCCUAGGCAGGUACCAUGAUGAACAACCUGUCACAGGAGUCACAGUGAGAAACUGCACCAUAUCAAACACUUCAAAUGGCGUGAGGGUCAAGACAUGGCCUGCUUCUCCAAAUGGUAUGGCCUCAUAUUUGCACUUUGAGGACAUAAUUAUGGAAAAUGUGAAGACCUCCCCUAUUCUUAUAGACCAAGAAUACUGUCCAAAUGGCCAAUGCCAAGCGAAAAUCCCGUCGAAAGUUAAGAUAAGCAAUGUGAGCUUUAAGAACAUUAGGGGGACUUCUGCUGAUCCUGUUGUUGUGAAGCUUGCUUGCAGCAAAGGCAUUCCAUGCCAGAAUGUGCAAAUAAGUGACAUCCAUUUGACAUACAAUGGGAAAAAUGGUGUUGCCACAUCUGUAUGUACUAACGUCAAGCCCACUAUGACUGGCCAAAUUUUUCCUCCUGCUUGUGCAAAGACUGCAGCUUUAAGGUGAUUUAAUUGCAUCUUAAAGAGAUGAUUAAAAGAAAUUAGUAGGAAAUUAGAUGAAAAUAAUCUGCAGGGCGCCCCUUCCAUGCUUAAUUGGAAUGGUGGGUGGUGGACUACACAUAUGCAAUAGUAUAGAUGUUAUCUUUUGUAUACAUGUAUUAUGGAUUUAGAUUAAUGUACUAUUGUUAUUCAUGGGAAAGAAAUAGUAAAGGCUGUUGAGCCCAA